GGAUCUGCGAUCAGACUUGGACAUCAAGAGAUUUCAGCAGCAUUCGGGAGAGUUCACUGAUCAGUGGAAACAACAAAUCAGACGGGCUGAAACAUUACUCAGAUUUAAAAUUUCGGGCAGAAAGUAUCACAUUACUGAAUGAACAAUGAAACACUCUGUAGACAUGACUUUUUAGGGUAUUUAAAGAGAUCAUGACCUCAAUUAUUAUGAUUCAAGUAUUGGACAGCAUCAGAAAUAUUAAACAUAAGCAGUUCUCUGUGAGACUGAGCAGCACUCGGAAUCCAAGAACGAAGUCGGGGCUGUCAGACUGAAGAGCGGGUGCUUGUGUCUUCUUAAAGAGGAAAAGGGGAGCGAGAAUGUGACGGAGUGGGACAAUCUUUCAGACUGACAGUAGUUAAUAGUACUAUUAACAAAUUCGUCUUUUUACAAUAACAGCACGAGCAUGGCGCGCGCUUCCCUCAGUAACGCCAUCCUGCUCUCCUGUUCAAACUGAAGCCUGUGGACCAGAGCUGGGCUUUAUAACCAGCACACAUCGUCUUCUGGCUACAUCCUGUCGGUGUAACCUUCGAGAAAGCAUCUCCAAAGUAACUUCGCCUCGUCGUCCCUGGAGCCCGCUCAUGGGUGACACUGGACCGAAUGGCGUGCUACUACCUUGUGAUCAGCUCCACGCACCUCAGCAAUGGACACUACCGGAGCAUCAAAGGAGUUUUCCGGGGUCCGCUCUGCAAAAGCACCGGAGGCGAAUCACCGGUCUAUGCUGAGAAAGAAAAAGCCAUAGCAAAAGCCCUGGGGGAUUUGAAGGCUAACUUCUAUUGUGAACUAUGUGACAAGCAGUACCAUAAACAUCAGGAGUUUGACAACCACAUCAACUCCUAUGACCAUGCACAUAAACAGAGGCUAAAGGAGUUGAAGCAGAGAGAAUUUGCACGCAAUGUCUCCUCUAAGUCCUGGAAAGAUGAUAGGAAGCAGAAAAGAGCACUGAAACGACUGCACCAGCUCGCUCAACUCAAACAGCAGAGAGACAGCGAUGAACGGAAAGGUCAGAAGUUAAGGCCGACAAACAAAGAUAAGGAUCAAGUCAAAAUCCCCUCUUCUGGCAGUAGCAAGUUUAACACUAAACCAACUGCAUCCUCAGUCCAAGACACAAGUCAUAUCUCCACAAACGUCUCACUGAAAGGCUUAUCCUCCACUCGUUUACCCACACAUCAGGAACCGUGCCACAAAAAACACUCCUCACCACCAAAGUCCUCUGCUGAACACCAGAGCCCCAGGGCAGGGGUUUCAUUCUGUUUUUCCCGGCGAGCUCAACUAAAGCUUGACUCUUGUGCAUCUGUGUUCAGCGAUGGGCUUGAGGAGGCCAGUGACUACAAGGAGCUCCAUCACCACAGACAGAGGCUCGCCCUGGAGGCCCUCUGGUCAAGCCCUCCCAGAAUCCCAGGUAAUGGUGACCAUGAUCUCUCCCAUGAUCCUCCAACUCUGGAAUGGGUAAAUGGGGACUUGCAAGCACAGCAAAUGGAAGCACAAGAAGAACACGUGGAGGGCUUUGAAAUUCAGGCAAACUACAGCACAACAGAGCCAGAGAUGCUGGGGUGGCCUGACUCACACAGUCCUGGAGCAGACAGGGAGCCAGCUGGUUCAGAGGACAGAUUGGUUGAUGGGGGGCAGAGGCACAGGGCAGAGGGGGCUUAUGGGGGAUCAGAGGAGAGAGAAUGUCUCAAGUGCCUUGGCCCUACUGUUUACACAAAUGGACAGGGUACCAUGGCCCAAAGCCAACUCCAAAUACACGAAGGCUCACACCAACACACACAAAAAGUCAGCGAACAGGGUAUUAUGCAGAACAGGUUGGACUGUGUAUCAGAAAAAGAGACAGAGGAUGAUAACAUUCACAUAAGCUGCAAGGAUGAAAAUACAUAUCAGAGCGAUGAAGCUCCCAUUUCUUUCCUAAAUGUACUCAGCAAGGAGGGGAGUAUUCUGAAAUGGCCUUCUGAGCUGGUGCAGUAUACAUCUGACAAGCCACACAUAUCUUACAGUUGUAACCCCCUCUACUUUUAUUUUAAACAUGGGGAGGGCAAAGAGAAAAGCACGAAGACUGAGGAGACAGCUCUCGGUUUGUUCGACAGGCCCACAGGCCAGGAUAACAAAGCUGGGCCACAAACACAGGAUGUUCCUAGAGAUAAAUUAGGCAUUUUAAAACCAAAGAGAUCCAAGCACAGGAGAAAGGGGAAAACUCUUAGGUAUAAAUUAGAUGCUGUCAGGAGCUGGCAAGCAGGCUGUGCACUCAAAACCUGCUCACAGACAGAAGCCGGAGGACGCUUUGAAUUCCAAAACGCUCCAACUGACAUGUCACAAAACAAGCAAGCAGGCAGCGAGAAGAGGCACAAGCUCAGGAAGAGGAGACGAUCAGUGAGAGAUAAGACUUCAAAUGAAAGUGACACCCCAGAGCACAGCCUGAAAAGCAUUGUUGUAAGCUCGCUUUCCACCCCGGCACGUAAAAGGAAGAAAUAUCAAAAGAUGGGGGGGCUGGUGUCUGCUCUGCGUUUGAUGAGGCGAAGGCCUUCUCCAUACUCUAUUCACUACACAACAGGAAGAGAGGAUAAUUAUAGGUGGUAUGACGGAGGCUUCGAGUCUAAAAGGAAUGCUGCAUCAACUCCCAACAGCGACAAAUCUGGUUUGUUGGGCGGCCUGUCAGACUUGACCUCAGAUAGAGAUUGGCCUGUGUACCACAUGGGGAGAUGUUCCACCUCACCAAGAUCAAGCUAUUCAUACUCCUGGAGAAAGGAACAAAGCCACCCCAGGUCUUGCAUUAGAAAUUCCUCUUACAGUGUUCCUUGCUACAGUUAUAGGCCCAUGUCAAAUAGUCCGUGCAGAGAUGUCGAACAUACAGGAGACUUUUGGGAUUACACAGACUCUUACAUCUACAAUAAACUAAAAUAUUCAGCGGUUUGUAACAGCCCUGAGCAGAAUGAGAGGUACAGCGUCAGACGGCACAAAAGAUUUCUUGAGGAGCAUAAAUACAGAGAGCAACGAAUUCAAGAUAGAUGCAGGCAGUUGUUUUAUAGAGUCUAUGACAGCCCUGAACCUCAGGAGGAUGUCAAAGACUGGUGGUACGAAAGACUUGGCCCUAUAGGCAGGAGGCACAGGGAAAAAGAAGAAUUUUCCUGGUCAAGUCCAGAGAGAAGUGUUGACAGGUGGUAUGACAAGCCAGUGACCAUCCAUAGCCCCAGCUCCUCUAGUAGCACUAGCUUCUCUGACCUCAGUGGGGACUGGACUUGUCACUCUCAUAUUAGGCCAUCUCCCACUGGACAGAGCCAGAAACUUCGCAAUCAUUCAGCAGAGAGAUUGGUCAAAACCAAGGUCUCCCUUUCUCCUCUGAGAAAGAGAAGUCACACACCACCAUUAGUAACAAGUAAAACUUCUGCUCAGCCUAAUUCCUUAAAAUCAGGCAUAGAACAGGAGGAUAAUCAACACAAAACUCAAAACAUAUCAGAGUUAAAAAAUCAGAGCACAUCAGUUGAGAAGGAUGUUAAAGUAAAGAAAGGAAGUGCCACGCUUUCACUUCCACUCAUUGGUAAAUUACCCUCCAUUAAGAAAGGAGUAAGAAAAACAAGGUUAAAUAAAGAUGCAAGUCACAGUAUUAGUAACCAGGUUCAAACAUCUGCAAUUGUCCUGUCAAAACUACAAGUUAAAUCUCGGAUUGAUAGUAAGGCUCCGGAACACUCUCAGCACAAACAGGGGCUAUAUCCUAAUGCAUCCCAAGCUUGUCUUGAAAUGACUAACCAGGAUAGAUCAGCAGACACUUGUACUGCUAGAACAACUCUAGACCAAGACAGCUCUUCGUCACAGAAACUUAACAUCAGAGACCAAAUGGGCAAUGGAGAAAUGGCAAGUAUUGACUAUCCGAAAUGCAACAUGCCUCCCCUUUCUGAGCAACCAAUCACCUAUACCGAGCAAGAGAUUGAGAAGUACAAACUUCUCCAGCUCCAGGCCCAGCAGCAUAUGCAGCAGCAGCACCUUCAAGAGCAACAGGACCUACACCAAACACCUAUGAACAUGAGCCAAAUACCAGUUCAAAUCCCAGAACCCCCCGAUCAGACUACACUUUCAGCCUGUCUUCCAUACAGCUUACUCCAUUCCUCGUGUGCUUCUCCACCCUCUAUUGUUGCACCUCACCAUUCUCCUGUUGCCCUACUCCCUCCCCUUCAUCCUUCUCUUUCUCAGCCCCAUUUUGCCACUCCACUUCCUGCUGCGUUCUUUUCAGCACCUCCUGCCACAGUUUUAGCAGCUCACCCCCUCCACCUGGUCCCAGCCUCAUCCUUCCACACUGUUCACCCUCACCAUCAUGUUCCUGGGUUAGCUCUCCAUCCUCUGCCUCCCACCUCUCUGCUCCCCACCAUGCUUAGUCCAAUGCCCAUGGCUGCUACCACUGCUGCUGCUGUUGCUGCUGCCAGCACUCUGCAGAUCCACCCCCUACUACACCCUCUGUUUCACAGCCAGGACCUUCAACGCCACCCAGGACCAACUACUUAG